CCAAUCUGAUCUUAGAUGUGUCAAUCAUUCCAUAUAAGGAAGCGUGAGGUGACAAGUUAGAAAUUCGAACGGUGCUGAAGCCAGACAUUCCAUCACAAUGUGGUGUCACGGACUGGGGAGCGUUGCUGGUUUCCUAGCAGCUGAAUAUUGCAGCUCUCUCUAGCUUGGUCAUUUAUCAACAUCAUGAACCGAUAUUGCCUAUAGAUCAUUUUAAUUGGAAGACACGGUUUGGUGUACUCGAGUGGUUUUAACACGGCGAGAGAUCACUCAAAACAUCGCUCGUGAUUCGCACGCCGAGAGGUCAACACAGUGACUACUGGCUUCCUCGGGAAGAGAAGGGUUGUUUAUCAAGACAACAGAGAAAAGGAUAUGUUUACGGAUAUUGCCUGAUAAAGAACAUUUGGAUUAUUUGUUGCUGAAGACGGUGAUGAAGGAGCCAAAAUUGUUUUCGGGAAGUUAAUUAGGCGAGGCGCGUAAUACAAAUGUUGAGUUUUACAAACAAGGAUUGUGCCGAAUACGAAUUUCCUGAGUAAGCUUAAAUACGACGACUUGGACACAAAUUAUGGCGUAUCUACCUCCACCAACACCGACGUUCGAAAAGGACAGGAUAAGAGCGUUGAAAAAUGAACGAAUUAACUCUCAAAAGAAAACCUUUACGAAGUGGGUUAAUUCUUUCCUUGAUAAGAAUAACAACCAUGUAGAUGACUUAUUCAGCGACUUGUGUGAUGGUAGAUUGUUGAUUUGUCUUCUUGAGACUAUUUCUGGUGAAAAGCUGGGAAAAAUUGCUCGUGGAAAACUCAGGGUUCAUAAGAUUGAAAAUGUAAACAAAGCCCUUGAAUUUCUACAGCGUUCAGUGAAGUUGGAGAGUAUUGGAGCAGAAGACAUAGUUGAUGGCAAUGAGCGUUUGAUUUUGGCAGUGAUUUGGAUGAUUAUACUUCGAUUCCAAAUAGCAGACAUUUCUUACCAGGAUGAAAUGUCCAAGGAGAAAAAGUCUGCAAAGGAAGCGUUACUUCUUUGGUGCCAAAGAAUGACAAGAGGGUAUCCUGGUGUUGAUGUACAGAACUUUACUACAAGUUGGAGGAAUGGUUUAGCAUUCAAUGCCCUCAUCCAUAAGCACAGACCUGACAUAAUCAACUAUGGCUCCUUGCGCCCCAACCAACAUGAGGCAAACCUGAACAAUGCCUUUAAUGUUGCCGAAGAGAGUUUGGGUAUUGCCAAGCUAUUGGAUGCAGAGGAUGUGGAUUGUCCACGGCCUGAUGAGAAGUCCAUCAUGACUUAUGUGUCAAUGUAUUAUCAAUAUUUUGCCAAGAUGAAGAGUGAAGAAACUGGAGGAAGGCGUAUUGCUAAGAUACUUGGAAUCUUGAUGGAGGUGGAACAAAUGGAAAAAGAUUAUGAGCAGAUGGUGUCUGAUUUGUUAAACUGGCUCAACUCAAAAAUUGUCGAACUUGGUCGGCCAUUCCAGAAGUCUAUGAUGGCAGUUCAGAGAGAGAUGGCAACAUUCAAGCAUUUCAGAACUGUGGAAAAGCCUCCAAAAUACACAGAACGUGUGAACAUUGAGGCUCAUCUCUUUAGUUUACAAACUAAAAGGAAAGGUAACAAUCAGCAACCUUAUGUUCCACCUGAGGGGCGACUGGUACUGGACAUCAACAAGGCGUGGCAGGUCAUGGAGAGUGCCGAGCAUGAUAGGGAAAUGGCACUUCGCCAGGAGUUGAUUAGACAAGAGAUGUUGGAAAAGUUGGCUGAUAAGUUUGAAAGGAAGGCUUCUCUUCGUGAGUCCUGGCUGGAUGAUAUGAUGCAUGUCCUUGAAGGAGAAGCGCUGGGUCAAGAUGCUGCUACUGUGGAAGCAGCCUUCAAGCGUCAUGAAGCAAUUAGUACUGAUGUCAAGGCCAGGGUUAGUGUUAAAAAUGUAUAUACGUUAGCAUUUAGGUCUGCACUGCACCCAAAGGGCAUAGUGUGUGCAGAGGUCUUUGUCGCUAUAGGCUGGAAGUCUUGUAAAACACCGCAGUUUAUAAUAAACGCUUUCAUUCAUCAGGCUCUAGAAGCUGAGUUAAGUGGCCGGUUUGCUCAUUGUGAGACAGUAUGUGCCAAGGGACAGUCACUGAUUGACAGAGGACACUAUGCUUCCAAGGAGAUCAGGGCCAAGAUUAAACAACUACAGAAUAACUGGAUGAAACUAAGAGAACUUCUGAUCACAAGAUCUGAGAGGUUGAAGGAUGCAGCGCAGUCCUUACAGGCUCUAGAAGCUGAGUUAAGUGGCCGGUUUGCUCAUUGUGAGACAGUGUGUGCCAAGGGACAGUCACUGAUUGACAGGGGACACUAUGCUUCCAAGGAGAUCAGGGCCAAGAUUAAACGACUACAAAAUAAUUGGAUGAAACUAAGAGAACUUCUGAUCACAAGAUCUGAGCGACUAAAGGAUGCAGCGCAGUCCUUACAGUACUAUUCAGACUCAAACGAUGCUGAAUCUUGGAUGAAAGAGAAGAUGUACGUUGUGAGUAGCGAGGAUUACGGCAGAGAUGAACAGAGUGCAAUGGGCUGGAAGUCUUGUAAAACACCGCAGUUUAUAAUAAACGCUUUCAUUCAUCAGGCUCUAGAAGCUGAGUUAAGUGGCCGGUUUGCUCAUUGUGAGACAGUAUGUGCCAAGGGACAGUCACUGAUUGACAGAGGACACUAUGCUUCCAAGGAGAUCAGGGCCAAGAUUAAACAACUACAGAAUAACUGGAUGAAACUAAGAGAACUUCUGAUCACAAGAUCUGAGAGGUUGAAGGAUGCAGCGCAGUCCUUACAGUAUUAUUCAGACUCGAACGAUGCCGAAUCUUGGAUGAAAGAGAAGAUGUACGUUGUGAGUAGCGAGGAUUACGGCCGAGAUGAACAGAGUGCAAUGUCCCUACUGCAGAGGCACGCCAAUGUUGUUGAUGCGAUAAAAGGAUUUGCUGACGAUGUCAAUCGCUUGAGAGAACAGAGUAAACUAAUGGAAAGCAACGAGAUGGCAGCUCAGACAAAAUUUGAAACUUAUGAAGAAGAAACCGAAGUGGAGACGGACGAGGAAGUCGAGGAAAUCGUGGAAAAAGAAGUCGUGAAAGAUGUAGUACAAGAAAUUAAAGUUCCACAAGUGAAAGCCUUGCAUCCUUUCUCUGGACAAGGUCUAAAAAUGGCUAAGGGAGAGGUCUUUUUCUUAAUAGCUAAGACGAACAAAGACUGGUGGAGCGUGAGGCGUCUGACUUCGAAAGAAGCUGGUUAUGUUCCUGCUAACUACGUAAAAGAGAUUGAAGCCAGGACAGUGAAGAAAGUAACAAAACAGAAGGUUGUUGUCCCAGAGAAGAUGCUGGUUAAACGAAAAGUGAAGAAGAAAGUUAUGGUUCAGAAGCAACGGGCGGUGAAACUCAAAACUCCAGAAAAGAAAGGGAAAUCCCGUCGUCCAGUGAGACGCCAUUUCACGGCUCAUUUUGACCGCGACAAUGUUGCAACGCGUCAGGUGUCGCUUCAGAACAUGUACUCAAGACUUGUGGAAAUGGCUGAGCUUCGUCGUGAGAACCUGGAGAACUCCAUCAAGUAUUUUCACUUCUGCCACGAGUGCGACGACAUUGAAGCGUGGAUGAAAAACAAGGAUUCUCAGCUCGCUUACAACGCUUCUGAAUCAAACAACGACAUUCAUCUCAUUCGCAAAAACCUUGAGGGUCUGACUACAGAGCUAACAGCAAACAGCAAACGUAUCACUGAGAUCAACACGUUAGCGGAUCAGCUUGUCAACACGGAUCAUAGACAUUCAGCUGCGGUGAAGAAAAGAAGAAAAGAAAUCAAUGACAUGUGGGAAAAUCUUCAACGCUUGAAGAAAGCCAAAGAAGAGGAGCUAAGAGAGAAGCAUGGGGUUGAGUUGUUCUUUGACUCGUGUGAAGAGAUGAAGGCCUGGAUUCAGGAGAAGGAUGCCGUGUUAUCAGACGGAGACCUGGGACGAGACUUGGAAACCGUCAGAGCUUUACAGAGGCGACACCAGGGUUUAGAGAGAGAUCUUGCUGCUGUGGAAGAAAAACUUGUGAAGCUGCAAGACCAGGCCAAAUCCCUUGUGUCUCAACAUCCUCGGCAAGCUCGGCAGAUUAAAGCAAAAGAAGCCGAGAUCAUUGGUUUGUGGAAUGGCUUGAAGAAUAAAGCAAGUAAACGAAAGAACGUUUUGGAUGAAGCUUAUGGUCAGCAAGGGUUCCUGGCCGAUUCAAGAGAUUUGUUAUCUUGGGCAUCAGACAUGCGCGAGUCACUAAGAACAGGGGACACGCCCAAAGAUGUCAAUAGUGCCAAGCAACUUAUACAGGAACAUGAGGAGAAGUGGGAAGACAUUCAAACGCAUAACGACAGGUUUGACCAGUUGAUAGAAUACGGUCAGAAGAUGGUAGCAUCCAACCCGCGUGUGAAACAGCUCAGAGACAGAGUGACAGCGCUAAAACAAGAAAAGGCAGCACUGAAGGACACUUGGAGUGAAAGAAAUGACGUACUACACGAAGGCCAAGACUUACAGGUCAGCCCGCUGAAUCAUAAAACAAGCCUACGCCAUAUACUCUUCAUUGAUGUGAAUUUCGCUCAUGCCAUUUGUAAUACAGUGAAAGCAUUACGCUUACAGCAGAAUUUCUGUCAGUUUGAAGCGUGGAUCCAAGAAAAGCUUCAGAUUGCUACCGACGAGUCUUUCAGAGAUUUAACCAACAUCCAGAGAAAACUUCAGAGACAUCAAGCAUUCGAAGCUGAAAUCGCAGCAAACAAAGACGGCUUUGAUAGCAUCAAUGCGUGCGGAAAGAAACUGAUUCGUGAAGGCCAUUAUGGUGCCGACGAAAUCAAGGACUUUUUGAGAAGAUUAAAUGAAGGCUGGAAUGAACUAGUCAGCAAGUCCGCUGAUAAGGGUUUCAGACUACAGCAAGCUCAUCAACAACAGCAGUUCAACCGAGCCAUGGAAGACGUGAAGGUUUGGAUGAAUGAAGUUGAAACACUGAUGUCUCUCGAAGACCUCGGCCAUGACUUGUCUAGUGUCAAGUUCCUUCUCAAGAAACAUCAAGGAGUGGAGACUGAUAUCGAGGUUCACGAUGCUCAGAUCCAGACCCUUUGCGACCAAGCGCAGGGUUUGAUUGAGGCUGGCCAUUUUGAUGCUGUCAGGAUUGAGCAGGGGACAGAAAACAUGUUGCAGAGGUUUGAUGAUCUAAAAGAACUCUCCUCAAACCGUCAGUCGCAGCUUGAAGACUCACUCGGUCUUCACCAGUUCUUUUAUGACAUUGAAAUGGAGAUGGCCUGGAUACGAGAACACAUGACUCUGGCAACCUCGGAGGACCUGGGCACAAGUCUGAUUGGCGUACAACGACUUCAGAAAAGACAUCUGGCCUUGGAGAAUGAAUUGGCCAAUCACCAGUUUAGAAUCGACACAGUGCUCGCUUCCGGUCAGGAUUUGAUUGACAGCAAUCAUUAUGCUUCUGAUGAAAUAGAAGAACGAUGCGAGGAAUUGAACGAGAGCUGGGCACUACUCAUGGGGGCAUCCGCUGAACGAAAACAAAGACUGGGCGAUUCUCUGGAGUCCCAGAAGGUCAGUGCUAUUGUGAGAAAAAUAAUCGAAUAUGUCCGCACAUUUUCGGUUUGUGGUGACCGAACGCGCGACGCUAUAGACAAAAUCAAAANCGCAGCCAAUCAGGAUUACGGAAAAGACGAGUUGUCUGCUGAAAAGCUGCUGACCAGACAUACUGCUUUGCAGUCAGCUGUUGAUACCUACAGUCCGAUCAUUCAGGGCCUGGCAGAGCAGGCGAGGAAACUGGUGCAAAGGGACCAUUUUGCUGCAUCAAAGAUUGCCUCGAGACAGCGUGACAUUGAAGAGCAGUUCUCAGGGCUGCAGACACUGACCAACACGCGGCUUCACAGACUGGAAGAAUCUAAAAAACUCCAUCAGUAUCUGCGUGAAGUGAAUGAAACCACUGAGUGGAUUACGGAACAGCUACACGUGGCGGCUGCAGAGGAUUAUGGGAAAGAUUUUGAGCAUCUGGAGACUAUUCAAGGCAAAUUCGAGGAUUUUAAGCGCAGCGUCAUGGCGAAAGCUGACCGUUUCAGCGAGGUGGACAACUUUGCCAAACGUCUUGUAGCUGAGGGGCACACAGACACUGUUAUCAUCAAAGAACAGCAAGAUGUUCUGAGAUCAACCUGGGCUCAGCUGCAGGAUCAAAUCAAGAUUCGCACCAAGCGGCUUGCCAGCGCAGCUGAGAUACACGGAUUCAACAGGGAUUUGAACGAGCUUAUCACUCGUCUCCAGGAAAAGGACGCGUCUCUCUCCAUGGAGGACCUGGGUCGAGACAUGGCUAGUGUCCAGGGCCUCCAGCGAAAACACGAGGGACACGAGAGGGAGUUGCUUGUGGUUCAACAACAAGUUGAGACUCUGAAUGCCGAGUCAGCAAAAUUACAAGCCGCUUAUCAAGGUAGUACUAUACUAGUUCUUUUUUUUUUAAAUGGCUUUUGGUUGCAGACUAUUCAAGGCAAAUUCGAGGAUUUUAAGCGCAGCGUCAUGGCGAAAGCUGACCGUUUCAGCGAGGUGGACAACUUUGCCAAACGUCUUGUAGCUGAGGGGCACACAGACACUGUUAUCAUCAAAGAACAGCAAGAUAUUCUGAGAUCAACGUGGGCUCAGCUGCAGGAUCAAAUCAAGAUUCGCACCAAGCGGCUUGCCAGCGCAGCUGAGAUACACGGGUUCAACAGGGAUUUGAACGAGCUUAUCACUCGUCUCCAGGAAAAGGACGCGUCUCUCUCCAUGGAGGACCUGGGUCGAGACAUGGCUAGUGUCCAGGGCCUCCAGCGAAAACACGAGGGACACGAGAGGGAGUUGCUUGUGGUUCAACAACAAGUUGAGACUCUGAAUGCCGAGUCAGCAAAAUUACAAGCCGCUUAUCAAGGUCACACUGCUGAAACCAUCAACAAGCAUGAAGAGUUUGUUUUGGGUUUGUGGGAAGAACUCAAAAGGAAGACAUCCAGGAAGAAAUGCAAGUUAAAUGAUGCCAGUGAGUUCCACAAACUCAACAACGAGAUCCGGGACCUGGUGUCAUGGUGUAUCGACAUGAGCCGCACUAUCUCGUCUGGUGAGCCUGUGCAUGAUGUAGGAGACGCCGAGGUGCUGCUGGGACGGAUUGAUGAGUAUCGCUCAGAGAUGGACGCGCGCGAAGAAGGAUUUAACAAGGUCAUGGAGACUGGAGAGAGAAUGAUUGACAGCGGACACUUUGCAGCUGAUGAGAUCGCCGAGAAGCUGGAGCUUCUCGUAACAGAACGGGAAGGUUUGUACGCGACGUGGGAAGAUCACAAAACAGAACUUGACCAGGCGUACGACUUACACGUGUUUCUGAGAGAUGCCAAACAGAUUGAUACCUUAACAAGCACACAAGAGGUUGUGCUCGCCGGAGCAGAACUCGGUAAUAGCGUGGACGAAGUUGAUUCUUUGCUCAAGAAACACGAGAACACAGAGAAGCUGAUAGCCUCACAAGACGAGAAGGUGGCGAACCUGUGCGAAUUUGGUAAAACGCUGGUAGCAAAUGGCCAUAACGAAGCAGAGAAGAUAAAGGAAAGGGUUCAUGCCGUGUGCGAGCGAAGAAACAAGCUGAAUGAGGAGUUACAAAAGAGAAGACACAAACUGGAGGAAUCCAAGAAGAUCGCACAGUUUUACCAAGGUGUGAUCGAGUCGGAAUCUUGGAUUACAGAAAAGCUCCAAACUGCAAGCGAUGAUAGCUACAAGGACCCAGCGAACUUGGAGAGCAAGCUUCAGAAAAACAAAGCGUUUGAAGCCGAGCUCACUGCCCACGAGCAAGCUAUAGAUGCCGCGCGGGAGACUGGUGAAGAGCUUAUUACAUCUGGGCAUUUUGCGGCUGAUGAAGUGGAACGCCGUAUCGAGGCUCUAUAUCUUCACUGGGAAGAACUUCUGGAGGCAUCUGCUAAUAAGGGCAAGAGAUUAGAAGAGGCUAGAGACCAUCAAAAGUUUAACCAAGAGGUGGAUAUAGCAGAUUCGUGUAUCAGCGAAAAGGAGGCCGUGGUCUCUUCGGAAGACACUGGACGAGACUUUGAGCAUUGUCAGCGCUUGCAGAAGAAAAUGAAAGAGUUUGAUCAAGACCUAGCAGUAGAGGCUGCCAGAGUAGAGACCAUCAACAAACUGGCAGAGAAACUCGUGUCGCAGGGUCACGCUGGAUCAGCGGAUAUCACCAAUCGCCAGCAGGCGCUGAACGAGCGCUGGAAUCGGCUGCAGGACCGAGCUAGUGAGAGGCGACAGCAGUUAGCUGAGGCGUGCGAGAUGCACGCUUUUGACCAGGAUUGUAAAGACGUUUCUGAUUUGAUCAGUGAAAAGGCGGUAAUACUUUCAAGUGACGACUUUGGACGUGAUCUGCCUGGUGUCGAAGCACUCCUGAGGAAGCACGAUGACCUGGAACGAGACUUGACCGUUAUCGAAAGCCAAAUGGAAGCGCUCGAAAGCGAGGCUCGGCGAUUAGCUAGGUCCCAGGCUCACAUGGUACGCGCCAUCCAGGCCAAACAAUCAGAAAUUAUAGAAAACUGGGAAAGGCUAAAUGACUUGUUUGAUGAAAGGCUUGGACUACUGUUUAAGAAUACAUCAUUGUAUGGUGUGAUCGAGGCCCGCAUGGAGUCGUUCAACAGUGCGCAUGCGUUUGGUCUCAGUUUAGUGGAUCAGGGUCACUUCGCCGCAAAAGAGAUUCAGGAGAACUGUGAGGAAAUGAAUCUAGUCAGGGACGAGCUGAUGGAGUCUUGGGAAGAAAAACAGAUUGAGUUAUCGCAGUCUUAUGAGCUGCAGCUGUUUCUGCGAGACGCGGAUCAAGCCGACGCGUGGAUAGCAACAAAGCAAGCGUUCCUGCAAGCAGAGGAAUCCAGUGAUAGCCUGGACACGGUAGAGUCGCUUCUUAAAAAUCAGCUCAAUUUCGAAAAAUCGCUCACAGCUUACGAGGAGAAGAUCAAAGCUUUGCAGCAGACCGCUGAUCAGCUGAUACUGCAGGAACACAUAGACUCCAGUUUGAUCAGGAAUAGGUGUGAGGAGGUCUUGGAGAACUGGAAACGACUAAAGAAGUUGGCCACUGCAAAGAUUGGGGACUUGGGCGAGUCCAGGAAAUUGUUCCAGUUUCUCAGGGACGCUGAAGAGAUUGAAUCGUGGAUGAACGAGAAACUCCAAACAGCUUCCGAAGCCUCGUACAGAGAGACAUCCAAUCUGCUACAGAAACAGCAAAAACAUCAAACAUUCGAAGCCGAGCUAACUGCGAACAAGGGACAGCUUGACAAUGUUCUCCGUGCCGGACAGACGCUGCUCGAGUCCGCGCCCCGAUCACGUGAAACCGUGGAAACGAGACUUAAAGAUGUCAACGACCUGUGGAGACUUCUGGGUGAUAUGUCGAGCAAUAAAGGUCAGCGGCUUAAGGAAGCCAUUCAAAGACAAACGUUUGAGAAGAAUGUUGGAGACCUGGAAACAUGGAUUACGGAAGUGGGAAACACUCUGGCGUCCAAAGAUUUCGGACGGGAUGUAAAGAGCGCAAAUAAUCUGAUCAAACGGCAUCAGCUGCUUGAGGCGGACAUAACGUCGCACGAGGAGAGAGUGAACGAGAUCUUGAUUCAAGCGGCUGAGUUCGUAGAGGCUGAUCAUUUCCAGAAGGAUGAAAUUGAAGACAGGGCGAAGGCCGUUGCUGAAAGAUUUACGCGCCUUUCUGAGCCGGCUGAAGCACGAAGAAACAAACUGCAAGACUCGCUUGCACUUCAGCGGUACCUCGCCAAUGUGGAGGAAGAGCUGGCUUGGAUACGAGACAAGGAGCCGCUGGUCAAGUCUGACGAUCUUGGGCGCACCCUCCUCGGAGUUCAAAAUCUCAUCAAGAAACAAGAAGCAGUGGACGCAGAAAUCACAGCGCAUGAGCAGCUGAUUAACACCGUCAUGUCGACCGCUGACCAGUUAAUUGAGCGUGAGCAUUAUGCCGCGGACGAAAUCGAGGCUCGGUGUGCUGACUUGCAGGAGAAAUGGGCUGAGCUAACGAGUUUAUCAGCAACGCGUCAGCAAAACUUACAGGAAUCCCAGAAGGCGCAGCAGUUCUACACAGAGGUUACUGAGGUGGAGACCUGGAUUCGAGAGAAGCUUCCUCGGGUCUCUAGCGAUGACUACGGCCGCGACGAGACUAGCGCCCAGUCUCUGUUGCGUAAACACGAGACUCUUGAAUUAGAGUUAGACAGUUACAGGGCAAAGGUCAGCGAUCUCAAGAAUACAUGCCAUGCGCUGGUAACGGCUGGAAAUUUCGACAAGGAGAAGAUUCUGCGACGACAAUCGGAGAUGGAAACUCGGUUCGGCGACCUAAGCGAGAAAUCCUCUCAUCGCCGUCAGCGGUUGCUCGAUUCCAACCAACUGUUUAACUUUUUCCGAGAAGCCGACGAAGUCGAGUCGUGGAUUGCCGAAAAGGAAUCGAUUGCCACUUCCGACGACUACGGUCGUGAUCUCGAGCACGUGGAAACUCUACUGAAGAAGUUUGAGGAUUUCACACGUGACUUGGUAAUGUCAGGGGAAAGGAUUGCCAGUCUUACUGCGCAAGCGCAAACCUUAUUAGAUGAAGGUCACAGCGAGGGAGAUGCAAUAGAGAAUCGUAUGGACGAGGUCUGCACCAUGUGGGACACGCUGAAGGAGAGAACCAACUCACGGCUAGAGGCACUAGACCGAGCCAGAGAGAUCCACGCCUUCAAUCGGAAUGUUGAAGAAACUAGGGCCUGGAUCCAAGAGAAAGAAGCAGCUCUGAUGUUCAGUGACGAUGGGGCACGUGACCUGAGUAGUGUCCAGGCCUUACAAAGGAAGCAUCAAGGCUUUCAGCUGGAUCUCAAGGCUCUUGGCGAAAAGGUGGAGUCAAUCGCGCGUGAAGCAGAGGACCUCGCCUCAAGGUUCCCUGAGCGACAGGAACAUCUGGGGGAACAAAGGGACGAGGUCGUGUCAUCAUGGCGUCGCCUGCAGGAGAAAGCCAGCAGCAAGAAAUCCAACUUGACACAAUCUGAAGAGCUGCAAAAGUUUUUGAAUAACUUCAGGGAUCUCUUGUCGUGGAUUAAUCACAUGUCAUCUGUCAUCACCGAUGACGAACAACCUGAUGACGUCACGAGUGCAGAAGGUUUUCUAACACGUCACGAGGAACACAAAGCAGAGAUAGACACGCGGCAAAAGAGCGUCAACGAGUUCUACGAAGCCGCUGAUACCCUCAUUGCGGACGGUCAUUCUGCAUCCGCUGAUGUCAAGGAGAAAAAGCAGCGGUUGCACACAGCGUGGCUAGCUUUGCAAGCAACGUGGAGUGAAAAAGGUGAUGAGUUAGAACAAGCUAAGGAGGUGCAAGUGUUUAAACGGGAUGCUGACCAAUUAGAAGCCUGGCUGAAUGCACGUGACCUUGAUCAGGAGUCCGGUGACGUAGGCGAUUCGUUGGAUGCGGUGGAAGAAUUACUGAAGAAACACGAGGAGUUUGAGAACAUGCUCCUUGCUCAAGAGAUGAAAUUAUUGGGAAUUACAAAACUGACGCAGCAGGAGCAAGGAAUAAAUAAACAGAGGGAGGAAGAGAAUGAGCUGAGAGAAGAAGAAGAGAGAAGAAACAGAGAGGAGGAGGAAGAAAGGCUAGAAGAGGAACUCAGGGAAAGAAAAAGACUGGAGGAGAUAAGGCAAAAACAAGAGGAUGAAAGGAAGGAAAGAGAAAGAAAACAAUGGGAGGAAAGAGAAAAGAUAAGGGCCAAGGAAGAAAAGACAAGAGCGGAAGCAAAAGCGAAGCAAGAGGAGAACAGGAAACGGCAGGAAGCCGAAAGACAGCAGGUCAUGUUAGAAGAACAAAGGAGGCGAGAAGAACAGAAAAAUACACGUGAAAUCUACGACAGAAAUAAAAAUGGCGUCACUUCCGCCAGCAGUCCUCGGGAUCAGCGGAAGGCCUCGGUGUCGUCAACUUUAGAAGGUAUCUUGCAGCGCAAACAGGAACUUGAAUCUGGUGGGAAAAGGGCGCAUGUCCGCGCAUGGAAGACGCUGUACGCGGUGUUACGCGGGCACCAACUUUUCUUUUACCGCGAGAAGAAGGACGCGCAAAGUACAAACUACGCGGCUCCUCCUAUUGACUUGAAAGAUGGCUUUUGCGAAGACGCCAGUGAUGUCGCCAGACGAAAGAACGCUUUCAGAGUGCUUUGUGACGACGAUUCCGAUUUUCUCUUUGUUGCCAAAGAUCCUUCUGAUCUAAAGCGCUGGAUGGGAAACAUUUGUGAGGCCGCUGGCCAAACUGAUCUCCCCAGUCCACCUCCUCCACCUCAGGCUGCACGGUUACCGAGCCCGAAGACGUCACCGCGCACGCCUCGCGAGGAAACUGGCGGCACUCCUAAGCUAGCAAAGCCUUACGGGCGAACUCCGAAACCUCUUAUCACCGUCACGAGUUUUGAUGAUGACGAGGAUGUCCUUAUUGAUCCCCCUCCCCCUCCCCCUGUUAAUAUCCCCCCUCCGUCAAUUCCGUCGGACUUUUCAAACGAUGACCUUUUGGAAAGUGAUCUUGAAGAUGAAAAUAACUUAGUCGCGGAUAGUGGUAGUCUUCCAUUGGUGCCUGACAGCCCCCCAGCAGUACCUCCCCCGGAUUUUGCCGACUUCGAUGACCCUUGCGAUAGUGACGACCUCCCUGUUUUGCCAACAUCGCCGCCUCCGGAAUUCCUUUCUGAUGACGAAAAUGGCUUUGACAAUGACAUGGAGGAUUCCUCUUUUGCCUAUGUCCCUACAGCAUUUGAUCACCCCAUCCCUCCCCCCAGGAGCAAAACUAAACCGACUCCUCCCCCUGUGGCGCCCAAACCGGAGGGGCGUCUACGAUCAGACUCCGGGGAAUCUUUAGACUCGGCGGGAAAAGGUCCCAAACCACCGGUCAAACCCAAACCCACGGUAGACAGAGCAAAUCUAGCUGGUCAGCGGUCAACGGAUAGUAGACAUGCGCAAGGUACAGAAAAGUUGCGGUCAGCGGUGGACAGUCCAGAGUCUGCGCAUGACGACAAGAGACACGAGAAGAGGAAAGGCGUUUUAGGGAAUAUUUUCAAAAAGAAAAAGUAAAUGAAUAUCUGAUAUUACAAUGCAGUACUGUAGUUAGUAAUAGUAAAUUUAAAUUGCUCGUGUAUAUUUUAACAUCAUUUUUUGGAAAGUAUUUUUAAACAACUUUUGUAGCCGAAAUUGUAAAUACGCACGUUUUAGGUACAGAAUAUUUAAAGAUAGAACUUUUUACUAUUUAACAACAAAGACUAUGUUUAUACAACUGUGUAGUUAUAAAUAAAGGUAUGAACUAGAAAACAUGAUCCCAUUUUUUCACAGAUGGUUAUAUUUUUUUAAAAUUUAACUGAAAACCAACAUAUUGUUUCCCAGGAUACUACUUCCACGACUUUUCCUCGCACGUCCCUGUUUUUCAGAGCAUAAUUUUGUAUAGACAGGACUCCAAAAAUGACCAUUAGAAACUCGCCUUGAUGCACCAAGGAAGCAAGGAAUGAUAUUUGUUUGUCUGUUGGUUUUUUCCUUUAUUUCGUAGUACUAAAUCUCAACAUCGCUAUAACCAGUUUCCCUCUUCUCACCCCUAGAGUGGGAAAGAGACCCUAGGAUGGAAGUUUUAUAAAUACGUUCAUUACAUCUCCAUAUAGAACUCUCACUGACCCGGU